CCGAUAUGCCUUUAGAACUAGCACAAUCGUGCGAAGACAUGGCGGCAACGAACUCACUUCUCAACAUCUUAUGCUACCACAAUUUUAUAUCCCAAGAAAAGGAACAAGAAAAAUGCCAAUUCUUGGUCGAACCGAACCAGCCUUUACAUGGCGAUACUCCUUUGCUUCUUCCCCAGAACAAUACCGACACUUGUUGUUCCAAUGCCAAUAGCCGCCCCGACCUAUGGCUCACAAAUCCUGCCUCAACCAUACCUACCACUUUUCAAAGCGUUGGCUUCUUGGUCCAAAUAAGCCACGUUUGUAUCGCAGCUAAGCUGCGCAAGUGCAAUCACAAAACAUGUCGUGAUACACGACAGAUGAUGUGUCGGAGCGCGCCCUCUUGUGAAUGGCGCCCUUUCCGAGACUGGGUCCUCACUGUCAUGUCCUGCCGGGAAGGAUUGGCGCAAGACUGCAACAGCAAGGGCAACUCGAAAGACGGACAGGUAGACUUCAUGAGUAUGGAGCGAUCAGCGCGCGUACACACACAUAUUAUUAGCGCAGUUCACGCUUGCUACACCAUUCUUGAUGCGUCCAGAGCCAAUCAUGGGAAGCGAAUGAUCCGGUCCACAGACGACGGGUUCAUGGGACCUAUCAUUGACGUGCAGUCUGUCUGCAACCUGAUCUAUUGGAUGCUAAACAUUCUCGCUUGUUAUUCUCUGGAACCAGCGGCCAUGGGCCGUUGGGAUGGCUACUAUAUUCCUCGGAGCGUCACUGUACCGGCUGUUCACGAAGCCGCGCGGCACAUUGACAACCUGAGCCUGUGCAGCUGUCGCUUCUGGAACCUGGUGGAUGUCGCGGAACGAAAGCAGAACGACCUACCAGACCUAAUCCGUAGCCUUCAAGAUACAGAUCGACGAAAAGCCUUGAAGCAUCAAGAACACGUCGGCUGUGCCCCAAACAGGUGUCAGACUGCGCACAUGGAUAGUACGCGCGUGCACCAGAUGCAUAAAUGUAGCCUGUCUGAAAAUGAUUGCAAACAGGCAAAAUAUCCGGUGCAGGAACUGAUAGCCAGAGUGGAGUUGGGAGAAGGAACGGCGUGGUCGCGGGACAAGAAGGAACUCAGCGCGGUGGAUGCCUCGUACAUCGCCAUCUCCCAUGUAUGGUCAGACGGGACGGGUGUUGGGAUGUCUGACCAAGGUCAGGUCAACAGUUGUUUGUUUGAGUAUUUCGCGCGCAUUGCAGAGAGGUUGAACUGCGAAGGGAUCUGGUGGGACGCGCUGUCCUUGCCACUUGAACCGCGGACCCGCAGCAGAGCCAUCAACCAGAUGCACAAAAAUUACGCGGACGCCGAGUACACUGUCAUCCACGACAGCUAUCUACUCAAUAUCAAAGCCGAUGAUACCGAAACAGCAUGUCUAGCCAUCGUGCUUUCGCCGUGGUUCACACGUGGAUGGACAGCGCUGGAGCUGCGCAUGGCGACUCGAGUCAAAGUUCUUUUCAAAAGCGAAAAUGAGCAGACGCCCGCCAUUAUGGAUCUUGAUGAAAUAUUGGCCCCGCACCCCGACGUCGUUUCUCGUGCACACUGGCUAGCCUCCAGGGUCAUCCGUCGGCUGCGCACUCAGGCAAUUGAAUUCGUUGAUGACAUAUUGGCCGUGUUAGGCCCACGGCAGACAUCACGCCUGCGGGAUCGCACUAUCAUCGCAGGGCUACUGACGGGUAUGCCCCAGUGCAAUUAUUCGCAGUCUGAAAGCGAGAUUACCAAAUCUAUUCUGUUCUACCUGGGUUUUGUCCCUCAUGAGAGUCUCCUCCAUGGCCGGCCGACCAUGUGCGAGAAAGGCCCAUUUUCCUGGUCUCCUGCCACACUGGACGAGAUGCCAAUUACAGCACGAAUAGACAAUGAUAUCCCUGAGCUUCGUCGCAAGCGCAUGUUGCAGAUUCAGGAUGACGGUGCAGUCGUCGGUCGCUGGCAUUGUCAGACUCUGACGGAGCACCAGGUCCAGAACAAUCGAAUUGAGCCACAUGGAGACCAUGUUUCGGUAGCUGUGCCUUUUUAUAGUGCCCUCCUGCAUUGGAAAGAUUGCCUUAUUCUCCGAGAGAGGAAGGAGGACCGGGGCCCUGCAGUUCUUGUGAUGACUGUCUCAACAGAUAAAGAACACCGCGAUCGCUUCUUGGACUGCCGCUAUGUUGGAGCGGCACGCAUUGUUGAGGAUACCGAUGAGUAUGGAAAUGAUGGCGGCAUCCAAGAGCACCAGAAUCUGGUGUUCUCUUGUGAUGCCACCGUGCGGAUAGGUGCUGAUAAGGACAAACAUGUCUGCUGUGCCCGUGUUGCCAUGGAGCCAUGGAUUGAUAAGGCAACUCAAGUAAAAUUGCGAGAGAAGAGCCCAGACAAGCAGGCCGCCAGCGAGGAUCCUGGCCAAGAACAAGACGACGGUGACCCGCAGUUUACCCAACCCGGAAGAGGGUCUGACGCUUCACCGCAGCAGGAGAAUGAGGAAGUAGUGCACGAUAACCUACCGGACGAUGAAGCACUGGAAGAGGAACUGGUCUUUAAAGCGCUCAAGACCCCUAAAGCGCCGCAGAUACUGCAACUGUUUCUUACCCAUGGUGUGGUCAUUACCGAAGAAAUGAAGGAUAAAUUGGAUUUCAAGGAGCUUAGCCUUCUAGCUUCUGCUUAUCUCUCCAAUAAUCGGCCAGACGAAGCUAAGCAGACGUGCAAGCUGGCGUAUGACAAGUUGCCCUCGGGUGGUGCUGCCCAGAAUAAUGAUACUGCUGCCGUCGAAGCUAUGUGCGAGUUGGGGAGGACCUGUUGGAAGACGGGGCUACUGAAAGAAGGACAAUGUGCCUACUCAGGGUGCACAUCAUCUCCAACUGGAGCAGGCUAUGAUAUGGGAAAGCGACGUCUCCGGUUGCAGGCCCUUGGCGAGCUCAGCCUCCUGCAUUCUCAAAGAGGAGCGAUGGUUGAGGCAACUUCUUGCUAUCUGGAGGCGCUGAAAGUAAUCGAUCCAUCUCUAGAUGUUCCGGCCAAUGUUUAUGUGUUCUCGCACGAUGCACUCACCCGUUUAGGUGCUCUAUGUUCUCACAAAGACGCCGAGGACCGACGGCUAAAGACUCUAUACAGCAGGACUUUGAGGGACUUGGAAAGAGAGUUGGGCAAUGGGCAUGCUGCAACUCUCAUAACGGCACAGAACCUCGCUGCAACACUCUUUGCUCAAGGAGAGAUUGCAGAAGCGGAGGAGGUCUUAAAAGAAGUUAUCCUUGGUUUGGAGAAGAUUCUUGCUGGCCGCCAACACCUAUUGUUUUUGCGGGCGAAAUUUGAUUUAGCGCGAAUUCAUAUCCUCCAAGGGAAACGAAAAACACCCCAAGAUCUAGAAAGAUUUGCGCAAGAAUGUGCAGGCCAUCUCCCUUCGGGUCAUUGGCUAGUCCGUCAAGCCCGCCUUGCUAGCGGUCGCUUGUAUGAGAGACAGGGAGAGCUAGGGAAGGCAAUCGAUUCGUUGGAACAACUGGUUGAAUCGCCACCCCCAACCAAUGUUGAAACAUCCAGUAUCUACCUGCAUGCAUGCACAGAACGUGAUCUGGGGAUAUUCUAUCUGAUGACAGGUAAUACGGAAUCAGCAGAGAGGCAGCUCAAAAAGGCGCGGAUGCAACUGGAAGGUACCAGACUCGAGGACCAUCUAGACGUCCAUGUUACAGACUUAUAUCUGGCAAUCGUGCAAAAUGAUCAGCUUAGCUCGCAAGAUGACAGUCAAGAGCUUCGCGAUACCGCUAGCAGAUUAUUCCGUAAGCCUAUUUCAGGCAUCGAAAGAAUUUGUGGUCCCACGUGCCCCGAGACUCGGGAAAUCGUCAGCCAAAUAGCGCGCUUGUGUGAGGAAAGAGUGCGCAAAGAGUACAACGGAGGGGCCGGUAUGCCAGUUAUGCAGGCUAUAUAUCAACUCAGUGAGCUUCUUCGCCGAUACGGAGAUGAUGCAGCUUCUCAGGGCCGGGUGAAACGUACAAUUCCCUACCAUGAUGAAUUCUUUAGGCCAGAGAAAUCAUCGGAAGGACCCGACUUCUAUAGAGUAGAAGAAGUGCAGCUAUCUCGGGAGGCUGAUGAAGUCAUCAUCGAAAAUGCAGCAGUAUCACUACACCAGUAUGGUACGAAGGAGUCCAAUUCGAACGAGACUAGUUUGAGUGAGACUAUUUCAAUUGGAGAUGGCACCAGCGACAUCGACUUUGAGUCCGAUUCCGACAACACACUCAGAAACCAAUCGAUCUACGACCUCGCCGGCACCGUGCGCAAACUCGGUAAUGGAAAGCAGACACAGGGCCUGCAAGAGGGUGACCGUGUUCUCGCGUUGGCUGUCUACCCAUUUACUGAAAAGGACCGACACAAGGGAUUCCGAAAUUACACAGUCGUGCCCGCCAGCCUGGUAGCGGUUAUCCCGCCGAGCCUCUCAUUCCAUGAUGCUGCCGCCCUCCCACUAGGGAUAACAACCGCAGCAAAAGCCUUGUUUCGAGGUCUAAACGUCCCAAUAGCCUGCCUAACCGCAGGCAGCAACAGCAGACGUAAGAAAGGAACCGGAACAGUCCUAGUAUGGGGCGGCACCACCAGCCCCGGAUGCAACGCCAUCCAGCUAGCAGCUGCAGCAGGCUGUACCGUCGUAGCGACAGCACCAGGCAAGGAAUUCGACUACGUACGAGGUCUCGGGGCCAAUCAAGUAAUUGACAAGUACAGCACAAGAGCCAAGGAGGAACUCUUAGAGAUACUAAAGAAACCAGAACAGACAAACCUCCUGGGUGCAAUCGAUACCGAAGAAACGGAUAUUAGCACCGCAAUCUGCAAAGCUGUCGUUGGAAACCGUCCAGUAGCACCCGCAUCUGCUUCCCACGUGCCGGAUGCAAAUGUGGUCAAGGACCCCGAGAUAUGUCACAAGAUCUUCAAGGAGUUUCUUCCUAAAGCGCUGAGUGAGAAGAGUUAUGUUGUCGCUCCAAGCCCUGUGUAUCCUCCGAAGAUUUCACAUCUGCUUGCGACUGUUGAGGACGCGCAGAAAAAGGUUGUUACUCCUGUGCAUUGUCCGUGAUCUAGAGAUGGUGAGAAAAGGGAACCUUGUUCAGGUUCAUUGGUUGUGGUCUCAGCCUCCCUAAGUGUCUGUCAUAGUGUAGCUACGGUGUAGAGGAGAUAUGGAAGGCUGAGGUAGUUGCUACUAAAUAAGACAGGCAUCAACAGAACAAUACAAUUGCCAAUUACCUUACGGAA